AUGCAUGCCAAGGCCUUAGCGAGGCUGCGGAUGUCCUUGGUGGACACGUGGCAGGCGCUGUGGGUGGUGGCGAAGUUGAAGACGGUCGAGAACGAGGCGCCGCUCUGGCAGACGACGAUACAGAGGAAUCUGGCGAUGAUCACGGAAAAGCCGCAUGCGCUUGCUUCUCCGAUGAUGGCAAGCAGUCUCCGGCUGGCGGUAGACGAGGCUCCCUCUUUAGCAGCGACGUCACCGCCUCUUGGACCCGGUCGCGGGUUCACAGAGUUCUGUUCCUCAGUUCCAGCACCCGUCUCUGUAGAGCCACCACCACCGGUGACAUCCUUGCCAUGGCGUGGUCGGGCUUUGCGCACAAGAACCUGCGCAUCUUCCUCAUCAGCGCUAGGUCUGAUGGCCGCCUCGUCUCUUCCGUCUUCUCUUCGUCAACACUGGUCCUCUUCUACUACUAUCUCCCGCUGCCCUUUCCUCUCUCUGGCGUUGCCGCUUUGUCUGCUGCGUCACCGUCGGACCCUGCCCCCCCAUCACCACCACCACCAUCGAUCCCCGCGUCUGCCCCUGCACACGCCUUGCAGAACCAUAGCUAUUCAGCUACACUCCGUGUUACUCUUUAAGGCAUCGGAUUCGAAAGGCCCGCGAAAACAAACGGAAGGUGCCAUGGAGACCGAGCAGCAGCGCACCGCUGCCAUUGCGCAGCUCAAAGCUAUUGUUGGUCUUGACGACAAGGGUGCCAAAGACUUGUCCACCAAGCCGGAACGCGUUGCCGAUGUGCUGGCCUUCUUUGCGCAGCACAAAAUCGAUGAAGCUUCUCCUCGCGAGGAGAAAGUCAUGCUGUUCAACGUGUGGACGAAGGUGAAGAAGCCUGUGCACCGCGAUCCCGUGACCAGCUUCAUCCUUGACGGCAAACUCGACAGCACGCAGAAGGUCGACGCCGCCAUCAGGUUCGUGAACGCUGCUGAGAGUGAUGUGGUGGACACGGCGGCCAUGUCGGCGGAGUGCGGCGUCGGGGUGACUGUAUCGCGGGAGGACGUGGAGAAGGCAGUUGCCGAGGCCCUCGCCGCCGAGGACGUGGCCGCGCUCAGGACGAAGUGGGACAAGAACCCGAACAUGAUGCUCGGCCAGAUGCGCCGUGUGGCGGCCCUGCGCUGGGCCGACGUGGAGCACGUGCGCGCGGCGCUGGAGAGGCAGGUUCCGGGGUUGAUCAAGGAUGUUAUCGUGGAGGCGAAGCCGGCAGCCGCGAAGGAGGAAGCCGCUGCGAUGCCGAAGAAGGAGGUAGAGUCGUGCCAGCAGAACUCGAACUUUAAGGAUGUUGCGCAGGGGCUACUGCGAUCCCCGAUUGGCGAGCUGCCGUCGCACAAAGAGGGUGCCUGCGUCUACGUCGUUGGUUGGGCCCACCGCGUACGCCACCAGUCUCGCAUGUCCUUUGUGGUGCUGCGUGAUGGCACGGGCUUCAUCCAGUGCGUCUUUGACGGCUCCACGGAGCCCUUCCACCGCGAAUCGUGCGUCGCCAUUCGUGGGACGCUGCGCCACGAGCCGAAGGCGAAGUCGGAGCUGCAGCCGCCGAUGGAGCUGCACGUGAACGAGUACGCCGUCGUUGGGGACUCCGACGGCACGAUUGAGACGGUCAUCACGGCUGAGAGCUCCGUCGACAAACUCUAUGACCAGCGCCACAUUGUGGUUCGCGGCACGCUGGCGUCGUCUGUGCUAAAGGUCCGGCACGAGCUGCUGCGCGUGUUCCGCGAGCACUUCUGGUCGCGCCAGUACUACGAGGUGACGCCACCGACCCUUGUGCAGACGCAGGUGGAGGGCGGCUCGACCCUGUUCGAGGUCCUGUACUACGGCGAAAAGGCGUACUUGACGCAGUCGUCGCAGCUUUACCUUGAAAGCGUGACGGCGUCGCUGGGCAACGUGUACUGCUGCAUGCCAAGCUACCGCGCGGAGAGGUCUAAGACGAAGCGCCACCUCAGCGAGUUCACGCACCUGGAGGUCGAGUACGACGUGUGCUCCUUCGAGGAUCUGUUGAAUCGCCUGGAGGACAUGUUGUGCACCGUCAUCCGCACCGUUAUUGAGCACGUCGGCGACUUGGUUGCCAUGCUAAACCCCAGCCAGCUCAUUGACCCCAACGGCAACGUGCGCGACCCCGCCAACUACAAGUUCACGCCGAAGCGCCCUUUCCGCCGCCUCCGCUACGCCGACGCGAUCCAGUUCUGCAAUGAGAACGGCAUCUUGAACACCGAGACGGGCAAGCCUUUCGAGUUCGGCGAAGACAUCACUGACCAGCCGGAACGCGCUAUGGUGGCCAAACUCGGCGAGUUUGUGUUCAUGACCCACUUCCCUGCCAGCAUGAAGUCUUUUUACAUGCAGCGCGACCCUGACGACCCGACGCUGACGGAGUCGGUCGACGUCCUGGCGCCCGGCAUUGGUGAGGUGCUGGGUGGCUCGAUGCGUAUGUACAAGUUCGACGAGCUGCUCGACGCGUACAAGCGCGAGGGUCUGGAUGCGUCCACGUACUACUGGUACACGGACCAGCGCCGCUACGGCGGUGCCCCGCACGGCGGCUUUGGCCUCGGUGUCGAGCGUCUGCUGGUGUGGAUGCUGAACCUCGAUAGCGUGAAGGACGCAUGCCUGUACCCACGUUACAUGGGCCGCUGCAAGCCGUAG